GGAGGCGAGCUUUGUCUGAUGAUGAACAUACAGGGAAUUGGAAUUAAGCUUCGUUUUGGAGCUUGCUUGCUGCUUUUCAGAAAAAAAACCGUACUUUAAAAAAUGUAUAAAUACAUAAAUCUAUAUAUUUUCUUUCCAAGACACUAGACUCGAUCAGGCAUUCUUGUAUCGGUUGUAUUUUUUUUUUGCCAGAAGAUAACGGGGUGGGUUCUGUUUUUAUUUUAGUUAUUUAGUUGCUUUCUGCAAGCUCCGUAUGCCGUAAGGAAAAACAAACAUAACAAACCAAUCGAUUGGCACAGCAUGGCAUAAAGGGAAUCAAAUACACGUGCAAUCAAUAUGAUACUUUAAAUGUAUGAAUUGUAAAUUCAAAUCUCCACAAUAUAAAGUGAACUUCAGAUCUCCAAUACAUCACUACGUUGGCCUGACCUACCCCCUCACAGAUGCCUUUGUCUAGCUCUGGCCUCUCAGUUUCUCCUUCUUGAACCUUAUAUGGUGAAUAACAUUCCCGGUGCGGUCCCCGAUGGAUGCUAAUAGCAUGGCGAUUUCGAAUCGAUCUAAAGACAGAAGAUAAAGAAACAUCCAAACAUACUCGCAACAAUCGGGAUAUUGUAAGUAAAUGUUGAAGAUGACCACUCCCAAUGACCUCAAGUCACCCUGUGUGCCGAGGAACGGCUUGGUCAAGCUUACUGCCCAGACCAACUGUCUUGGCUCAGCCAGCAUCACCAAAGGGACUCCAGCGGCCAAAAACCGCCUGUGCCAGUCCUCCUCCGUGCCCACUAUCCUGCCUCCUGCCAUCCUGCCGUGCCACAUGGAGCCCCUGCCCACCGCUGCAUCCCUCCUGGCGGGCGACAUAGAUGAUGGCUCCCCCACCUGCGACCAGCCCCCUCGCAGGAAGCUUUCCAAGCCCUCCCUGGAGCGACAGCUGGUGCUGGAUGAGAAGGUUCUCAACCGGCUGCUCUGGUACUUCACCACGGUGGAGAAGUGCAUCCUGGCCCAGGUGUGUAAGACCUGGAGGAAGGUUCUCUACCAGCCCAAGUUCUGGGAAGGGGUGACGCCCAUCUUGCAUGCCAAGGAGCUCUACAGCCUCCUGCCCGGUGGAGAGAAGCAGUUUGUCAGCCUGCAAGCCUUCGCCCUGCGGGGGUUCCACUCCUUCUGCCUGGUGGGGGUCUCGGACUUGGACAUUUGCGAGUUCAUUGACAACUACCCCCUCUCCAAGAAGGGAGUCAGGUCCGUCAGUCUCAAACGGUCAACCAUUACAGAUGCCGGCUUAGAGGUGAUGCUGGAGCAGAUGCAGGGACUGGUGCACCUGGAGCUGUCCGGCUGCAAUGACUUCACAGAGGCGGGGCUGUGGUCCAGCCUGAAUGCGCGGCUCACCUCCCUGAGUGUUAGCGACUGCAUCAACGUGGCGGAUGAUGCCAUCGCUGCCAUCUCCCAGCUCCUGCCCAAUCUGUCCGAGCUGAGCCUGCAGGCCUACCACGUGACGGACACGGCCAUGGCCUACUUCACUGCCAAGCAGGGCUACACCACCCACACGCUGCGUCUGCACUCCUGCUGGGAGAUCACCAACCACGGCGUGGUCAACAUGGUGCACAGCCUGCCCAACCUCACUGCCCUCAGCCUGUCUGGCUGCUCCAAGAUCACCGAUGACGGCGUGGAGCUGGUGGCGGAGAACCUUCGCAAGUUGCGCAGCCUGGACCUGUCCUGGUGCCCCCGCAUCACGGACAUGGCACUGGAGUAUAUCGCCUGUGACCUGCACAAGCUUGAGGAGCUCAUACUGGACAGGUGUAUUCGGAUCACAGAUACAGGACUCGGGUACCUCUCCACCAUGUCAUCCCUUCGCAGCCUCUACCUGAGGUGGUGCUGUCAGGUACAAGACUUUGGUUUACAACACCUCUUUGGGAUGAGAAGUUUACGCCUCCUGUCUUUAGCAGGCUGUCCAUUGCUGACCACUACAGGGCUGUCAGGCCUUAUUCAGCUUCAGGACUUGGAAGAACUGGAACUGACCAACUGCCCAGGGGCCACGCCUGAGCUCUUCAAGUACUAUUCACAGCACCUGCCCCGGUGCAUGGUCAUCGAGUAG